AUGCGUUCUUUCUUCGACUUAUAUUAUGGACGUGGUAGUAAAGAAUUCGAGACAAAUGAAUCGUUUCAGUUGCUGUUUUGGUGCUGGGCACUAAUUGGCGUGAAACCAUUGAAACCCUAUGGUUUCUUUCGCUUAUUGCAAAUGGCGAUCUGCUGGAUUUGUCUGCUUGCGAGCCCUCUGGUUUUCGUUGUUGGCUUCACACAAGUUAUGCAAAGUUCAUCUAUGACUGUUAUACUGACUACUCUACAAGCGACAAUCAAUGUGAUGGCUCUACCGCUGAAAGUGAUCGUUACGGCCUUUUACUUAGAUCGUCUACGUAGUGUCGAACCGAUUUUCAAAAGUUUGAAUGCACGCUAUCAGAGUCCACAGGCACGUUUCGCAAUAAGAGACAACGUUCUCCAAUCGGCACGCUUAUUUAUAACGGUUCUGGCUUCAUAUUUCGGUUAUGCCACAAUUUCUUGGCUAUCAUCAAUUUUUACACACACUCAACCGCUAAACGUAUGGCUCCCACUUGUUGACUGGAUUCCACAUCCUACUACACAGUAUUGGCUGCAUUUUUUCAUCGAGGUGCUGUACGUAUACUUCCUGCUGUUAAGCCAGUGUCUGAGCGAUCUCUAUCCGGCUAUUUACAUCAAAGCCUUACGUACACACAUUACUCUGCUUGCGGAGCGCGUCAGCAGGUUGGGAGCGAAUUCGAAUCUCACCAACGAGGACAAUUAUCAGGAAUUAAUUGAUUGUGUGCGCUCGCAUCAAGAAAUAUUGCAAAUUUCUAAGACUGUCGGCUCUGUUCUCUCUAUCACCAUCUUUAUGCAGUUCACAAUAGCCGCCGCUGUACUCUGUAUCUGUAUGCUUAAUCUUUUUAUAUUUGCCGACGCGAAUCAUCGGGUAAUUACGAUUGUCUAUUACCUUUGUGUACUGAUGCAAACCUUACUCACUUGCUAUCAGGCGUCGAUGCUCGAAGCCGACUGCGCAAACUUGCCGAAUGCGAUCUUCCAUUGCAAUUGGUUGGCUUUGGAUAAACGUUCGCGUCAUCUGUUGAUAUACUUUCUGCAUCGCUCUCAGAAGGAAAUCUCUUUCGUAGCCGUUAAGAUGUUUCGAAUUAACUUAGGCACUAAUUUGUCGAUCGCCAAAUUCUCAUUUACUUUAUAUACCUUCAUGAACAAAAUGGGCGUUGGCGAGAAUAUAAAACAUCAGUUUGAAUAA